AUUUAGCCACACAACCAGGAAGUGAAAAUCAACUGACUUGUCAAAAUAACUCUGUUGCAUGUGCCACUUUGUGAGUUACACAGGUCGUUUCAGCGUCUUGAUAUCAUUUGAUAUCAUUUAUUUGAUACAUUAUAGAUAUAUUAGUGUAUAAGCUAUUGCUCCAUGGCCAGCUCCCUUCCAACUGUACCCGGGCUGGUUGCGGAGGCUCGGCGUUUGUACGGGCAGGAGUUCGGGGAAGAGGCUCCUCAGACGGCGGUGUGUGCUCCUGGAAGAGUCAACCUGAUAGGGGAGCACACUGACUACAACCAGGGAUUUGUUCUUCCAAUGGCGCUGCCCCUGGUGACUGUGGUGGUAGGGCGUCAGACCUCUGGCCAGGAUGUUACCGUGGUAACAGCAAGUGAAGAUGCUGAUGAGCCGCGGAGGGUGGACUUCAGCCUGUCCAGUGAUGGAUCGCCACUGUCUCCAGGGUUACCCAGCUGGGCAAACUAUGUGAAGGGUGUUAUAUGCCAUUACAGGGCUCCUCCUGUCCCAGGUUUCAGGGCGGUGAUAGCCAGCAGUGUACCCCUGGGAGGAGGUCUGUCCAGCUCUGCCUCUCUGGAAGUGGCUUUCUACACAUUCCUGCAGCAGCUCAAGCCAGAUGAUGGAGACAAGGUUUCCAAAGCAGUCGCCUGUCAGCAGGCAGAACACACUCAUGGUGGUGUACCCUGUGGCAUUAUGGACCAGUUUGUGUCUGUUCUCGGCAGGGAGGGGCAUGCUCUGCUCAUUGACUGCAGGUCCCUGGAGGCCACCCCUGUCCCCCUGGCAGAUCCAGGUCUGGUCAUUCUCAUCACCAACUCCAAUGUGAAACACUCUCUGACCGGCAGUGAGUACCCCAUGAGACGCAGACAGUGUGAGAUGGCUGCCUCCGUCCUGGGAAAGGACAGUCUCAGAGAUGCUACCAUGAAGGACCUGGAGGAGGCACAGGACAGACUGGAUGACGUAACCUAUCAAAGAGCUCGUCAUGUGAUCGAGGAGAUAGACAGGACUGCCCGAGCCGCUGAAGCCCUGAAGAGAGGAGCCUACAAAGAAUUCGGCAAGCUCAUGGUGGAGAGCCACAACUCCCUGAGAGACUUGUACGAGGUGAGCUGUGUGGAGCUGGAUGAGCUGGCGUCUGCAGCCAUGGAGGUGGAGGGGGUGUUUGGCAGCCGGAUGACAGGUGGAGGAUUCGGCGGAUGCACUGUGACUCUGCUGCAGGCCCACGCCAUCGAGAGGACUAUACUACACAUCCAGGAGCGAUACAAAGGAACCCCGACUUUCUAUGUCACAACCCCUUCAGAGGGAGCUCGGGCUCUCAGUCUGUCCUGACCUCUGCCUACACAUCUCUGCUGUAUGAGCACAACAGAUUCAUUCCUCUUUACAGGCUUUACUAUUUGAUUGUUUAUUUAAUUUUCACUAAUAAGAAUAAAAUAAUAUGCUGUUAUGCAGAUUGGAACUAAUUGAAAAGCAUUAUGUUUAUUUGGAAAAAGUGCCUUCACCGUAAAUAGAAAAUUGGUGCUUAACACGAUAACUUGUGGCAGCUGUUUGUAUAAUUAGGACAUGUAUGUACUGUGAAUACAGGCUACAUUUUAUAUUACUUCCAUGGAAUAAAUCAUGUUAACUCUAAGCGCUUUUAUUAACCGUGCUUCUGGCAGCAACAGGCAGCUGAUUUCAGCAGAAAACCCCCCAGAGAGUGCUAAUAAAGCCACUAUACACUAUCUACACAGCCCCAAAAAGUAGACCGACUCAAUAGGUGAACCUAGUGCUGGUUCUGGGCUGGUGCUAGUGCUGGUUCUGGGCUGGUGCUCGUGCUGGUUCUGGGCUGGUGCUCGUGCUGGUUUUGGGCUGGUGCUCAUGCUGGUUCCGGGCUGGUGCUGGUUCCGGGCUGGUGCUUGUGCUGGUUCUGGGCUGGUGCUGGUUCUGGACUGGUGCUCAUGCUGGUUCUGGGCUGGUGCUGGUUCCGGGCUGGUGCUCGUGCUGGUUCUGGGCUGGUGCUGGUUCUGGGCUGGUGCUAGUGCUGGUUCUGGGCUGGUGCUCGUGCUGGUUCUGGGCUGGUGCUCGUGCUGGUUCUGGGCUGGUGCUGGUUCUGGGCUGGUGCUCGUGCUGGUUCUGGGCUGGUGCUCGUGCUGGUUCUGGGCUGGUGCUCGUGCUGGUUCUGGGCUGGUGCUGGUUCUGGGCUGGUGCUCGUGCUGGUUCUGGGCUGGUGCUCGUGCUGGUUCUGGGCUGGUGCUCGUGCUGGUUCUGGGCUGGUGCUCGUGCUGGUUCUGGGCUGGUGCUCGUGCUGGCUCAGAGUUGGUUCAGCUUUUUCAUGAGCUAGAGAGCCACCACAGAGUCACAUGUUAGCUAUUGUUACCACAGUUACUCUAGCGGGUUAUUUGCAAGAAUCCACCAGGCCUGAAUGAAAGCAACCCAUCAGAACCAAGAAAGAUAGUUCAGAUACAGCAUCAAGUCCAGACGUUACAAACCUAACAAUGUUAGAAAUUAGUAGUUAUGCUAGCUUGGGUAAUGUUAGCUGACCAACUGAUAGCUAGCUAGCACAUAAAGUGAAAACACCUGUAGAGAUGGGAGCCAUGGGUAUAUAGGGGCUUUAGAAUAUUUAAUUUAGUGAAGCUGUUGUCUGCUCUUGUCUUCAGAUAAAUGAAAAUAAAUGAAACUGUUUGCACUUUGCUUUUAAAGGUUAUACUGGAAGUCUUAUUUUCUUAUUCACUAGUUAUCUUAGCAUGCACAUGUUCAAAAUCCAAUAAUCAAGAUAAACUGUAUACUGGAUUUGUGAGAAUAAACAAGAUUUUAAAGCAUA